GGGCAAGAAACCUUGCUGAGGCUCUGUCAGCUGCUGCUUUUUCCCUGACAUUGCUUGAAGCACACCUCUACUGUGAUGGGGAGGCAAAAGGACGUUCUUACUACUAUUGAGGAGCACCUGAGGAUCAGAAACAAAUUGGUCCGACAAGCACUGGCUGAGUGCCUGGGGACACUGAUCCUGGUGCUGUUUGGCUGUGGCUCUGUUGCACAGAUCGUGCUCAGCAGAGGGACUCAUGGAGGUUUCCUGACUGUCAACCUGGCCUUUGGCUUCGCUGUGACACUUGGCAUUUUGAUUGCAGGACAGGUAUCAGGUGGACACCUGAACCCAGCUGUCACUUUUGCCAUGUGCUUCUUGGCCCGGGAGCCCUGGAUCAAGCUGCCAAUUUAUGCCCUGGCCCAAACUCUGGGAGCUUUCCUGGGAGCUGGCAUAGUCUUUGGACUCUACUAUGAUGCCAUCUGGGCUUUUGGCAGCAACCACCUGUAUGUAACAGGACAGAAUGGAACUGCUGGUAUCUUUGCCACUUACCCAUCUCAGCAUCUGAAUGCCGUGAAUGGAUUCUUUGACCAGUUCAUUGGCACUGCUUCCCUGAUUGUUUGUGUCUUGGCUAUUGUUGAUCCCUUCAACAACCCCAUCCCCACGGGGCUGGAGGCUUUCACUGUUGGCUUUGUUGUCCUUGUUAUUGGAACCUCCAUGGGCUUCAACUCUGGAUAUGCUGUUAACCCUGCCAGGGACUUUGGACCUCGUCUCUUCACAGCUAUUGCUGGCUGGGGCACUGAAGUGUUCUGGACUGGUAAACAGUGGUGGUGGGUUCCAGUCGUUGCUCCUUUCCUUGGGGCAAUUGCAGGAGUGGCAGUCUAUCAGCUGAUGAUUGGAUGUCAUGAUGAGCCUUCUCCACCUGCCUCUGAGCAGGAAACAGUCAAGCUGGCCAACGUGAAGCAUAAGGAGAGGGUCUGAGAAAGCUGCCACCCACAUCUGGCAGACAUUCAUUGCUCAGGACUGCAGCGAAGAGGAGUGAGGGGUUAAGAAGAGCUUCAAGAACAACAGGAAGAAGUUUUUUUCCUGUCUUGAGAUAUUCUAGCUUCUUUUUCUUGUCUUUUUUUUUUUUUUUUUUUUUUUUUUUAAUUUUUUUUUUCCCCCCAUAUAUAUCCCUGAUGCAUUUGCUUUAAGCAUUUUUUGCUGUGAGCCUUUCCCCAAAUGCAGUAACACAUCACCUUUCCCUAGUAGAAGGGGGCUGAGGACUGUAGGAGUCAGGAGAGAAGUGAGCAUUGCUGUCCAGCACCUCCAUCAUGGGCCAGUUGUUCACAUAUCUGGAGCUCUUUUGGACAGUGUUGCUGACCUUACCUAUGAGCUUGGCAAGCUGCUUCCCUCCAUACCUGUGUCCCCAUUUGCAGAGUUGAGAUCAUACCAAACUUAUUAUUAUUAUUUUUUUUUUUGUAUCAUGGAAUGGAAUCUCCUACAUCCCAGAAGAAAAAAAAUUGCCUGUGAUUCUACAAGGGAUCAAAUCCAUGCUUGGUGUUACUCUGAAGUCAGGAACUUGGCACCAGGAGUGAAUAUGUCUAAAAAGUUUUUAUUGGCCAGAGUUUUUAUAUCUCCCAUUCCUAGAACAUAUCAACCAGUGUAAUGUCAGAGCAGAAUGAGAAUGAACUAGAUUUUAAGUUAAUAUUAAGAAAAAAAUGUUUACAAACCACGCCACCCUGGUCUUUUAAUCAGUUUUUAAUAUUGCCAACUACUAGAAUAUAACACAUAGGAAAUCCUUGUUCCAGCUAGGGGCUAACCUGGAAAAAAUACUUGGCUCCCUGUAGUAUCCUUGCUAAGUAAUCAGCCUUGUAUAUAAACUAUGAGCAGCAAAUAGCAAAGUUCCACUGAAAACACAAUGUUGCUAAAGUUGUGUGUGUUCAUGUAAAUUUCACAGUAGGUUUUGGUUUUUUUUUUUUUUUUUUUACUAGAUUUAUAUAUAAAUAUACUCCUUAAAUCUAUUUCUUAAUACCAGGGUUGGGAUGAGUUAAUUUAAAGAUGUGUGGGAACUGCCUGUUCUCUGACACCUUGGAGGGACUGCUGGGGUGGCCUCAGAUUAGGGCAUUGUGUUGUUGGAACAUCUCCUUUUACACCUUGCAGAAUUAUUGGGGUAUCCCUGGUAUUCACAGCUGAGGGACUGGGGUCAGGCAACUCCCGUACUGGCAGUGCUGGCAUCUUAGGGGAUAUCUGGCUCUCCCAAUGCCUAUUAUUACAGAGUAUUUGAAAUAAAUAAUACCGGUUGUGAAAGAAUUUGUAGGUCAUGCAUCUGCAUUAGAGAAACUCUUUCAAAGCCUGUUUCUUUAGUGUGUGAAUUCCUUAAAAUAUGUAACUUUGUACACAUUUCCAGUCACCAAAAUGUAUUCUUGUUGGUUUUUUUUUUUUGCAUUUAAAAAAAAUAAAAUGUCUA